AUGGAACUAAAUGGAGGCUGGUCUCAUUGGGGUGAAUGGAGCGGAUGUGGCGUCACCUGUGGCGGUGGUUUUAAUUCUAGAUCAAGGAAUUGCAACAAUCCAAACACAUCUCCAAAUGGCAAAUAUUGUGAAGGAGAUACCAAAGAAUCCAUAACUUGUAAUUCCAAAGCUUGUAGAACUUGCCUACAAUUAAAAAGAAAGUUUGGUACAAUAGUCAACUGCCGCAAUGUAUCAGCAACGUUACAGAAAUGUAAUUUGACCUGUCUUCCUGAUCGAGCAUUGGCAAAUGGACAAACAGCCUUUGUUGAAUAUACAUGUGGUGAUUCAACAAACCACGCAUGGCUUCCAACUGAUAAAAUUCCAGAAUGCGUUCCGUUAAAUCGACCUGACUUUUUUGGGACACAAGCAACUGUGGGGUACACACAGCCUAUGUCCGUAUCAAUCCAAAGGAAAGUUACUGCAGCAGUUGAAAGUAAUUUAUCUGGAGUCGGUUGUGUUUCUAAUAAUGCCUGUACAAUGGCAACUACAAUUACAAAUGGCAACAAAAGUCGUCAAAGAAGAGCGACAUCAACAUCAUUGACGGUGCAGUUUUCAAUAAAACUAACUGAUACAGGCAGUUUAGACCUAGCAGGUUAUUUUUCUAACGGAACAGAAACAUCUGCCAUGACUGAGUUAAUUGAAGCACUCACUUCAUUAAAUGAAGCCAUUGAAUUUAUGCAAAACAACACAGAAUCAGUAUUUCAAGUUGUUGCCAACGGCGUCGAGUAUACACUUGCAAAUACUUCAGUGGAUUUUGUAGGUACUGUUACAUGUCCUAGUGGAUAUGCUGGUGCGGAUGGACUAUGUACACAGUGUCCAGUUGGAACAUAUCUUGUUGACUUCCAGUGUAUAAAUUGCGAAAUAGGAACUUAUCAACCUUUGACUGGACAGACUGAGUGCAUAUCUUGUCCAUCUGGAUAUACCACGGCCACAUUCGGAUCAUCGAAUAUAUCUGAAUGUUUUGUGAAUGGAGGCUGGUCUCAUUGGGGUGAAUGGAGCGGUUGUGGCGUCACCUGUGGCGGCGGUCUUAGUUCUAGGUCAAGGAAUUGCAACAAUCCAACUCCAUCUCCAAAUGGCAAAGAUUGUAAAGGAGAUACCAAAGAAAUUAUUACUUGUAAUACCCAAGCAUGUCGAGCGUUAAAUCGACCCGAUAGUUUGGGGACACAAGCAACUGUACGGUACACACAGCCUAUACCCGUAUCAAUCCAAACCAAUAUUACUGCGGCAGUUGAAAGGAAAUUAUCUGGAGUUGGCUGUAUUUCUAAUAAUACCUGCACAAUCGCAACUACAGUUAUAAGUGGCAAGAAAAGCCGUAAAAGAAGAACGGUAUCAACAACAUUGAUGGUGCAGUUUAAAAUUAAACUGACUGACACGGGCAGUUUAGACAUAGCAGGUUAUCUUUCUAACGGAACGGAAACGUCUGCCAUGACUGAGUUAAUUGAGGCACUCACUUCUUUAAAUGAAGCCAUUGAAUUUAUGCAAAACAACACAGAAUCAGUAUUUCAAGUUGUUGCCAACGGUGUCGAGUAUACACUUGUAAAUACGUCAGUGGAUUUUGUAGGCACUGUCACAUGUCCCAGCGGAUAUGCUAGUGCGGACGGGCUAUGUACUGAAAAAGAGGACAAAACUGAUGCUCCUGAUGACUAUGAUGAAGACGAAAGUGACGAUGACAGUGCCAUUGAUAACAACAAAACUAUUAUCAUAAUCGCCGUCUGUAUAGUGGUUCUUGUAGUUGUUAUUGCAGGCGGUGUUUGUCUGUGGAAAUACAUAAAAGAGAUUGACAACUAG